CUAAUCAAUAGAUAUGAAGUAUUGAAAAAGAUUGGUUUUGGUGGUUUUGGAAGUGUUUUCAAAGUUUGUGAUUUACAGAGUGAAGAUAAAAAGAUACUUGCCUUGAAGAUUUUACCAAGAGAAGAGGGAAAUAAUGUUGAAUUUAUUCAAAUGUCCAAAUUGAAUCAUGAAAAUAUUUUACCUGUCUAUGAAAUAUUUGAAACUAAUAUUGGUAAUUUUGAAAAAUGGUGUUUUACAAUGCCAUUUUUAGAAAUGGGUGAUUUCCAAUCUUAUUUAUUGAAUUUGAAAUCUAAUUUACCAAUUAAUAGAAUUUUGAAUUAUAUGCGACAAAUGUUAUCAAGUAUUGAAUAUAUUCAUCAGAGACAAGUCUAUCACAGAGAUAUCAAACCAGAAAACUUCCUUUUAAAAUCACAAGAUCAUGUUGUUCUAUCAGAUUUUGGAUUAGCAAAGGGAGAUAUUGAAAAUGUAAUUACAAAAACAAGUAUUGUUGGUACAGAAUUGUUCCAAAGUCCAGAAUUAUUUGCUGGUGAAGUGAAAGAUGUAUCUAAAACUGAUAUCUAUGGAUUGGGAUGUGUAUUUUAUAUCAUGAUAACA